CUCCGCUAUGCCGACCAUACUAGACCGUGACAUGCCUGAAUGUCCGGUCAGAAUUGCAUCCACUCCACCCAAUUCAGACGAUGACCCCUUCAAUAUGCGAAAACUUUCGGCUUUUGUUAAGGCUUCUCGGAAACAAGACUUUUGGUUAGAACUGGCCAUAUGGGAUAGGAUAUACUACAAGAACGUCAACCAGCACAGACAGUCCCAUUACUUUAAGAAAUUCGGUGAGGUGCGGAGAUUGAUGAAACGGCUGAAAGAAAUUAAUCCGUCGGCUGAGGUAGCAAAGCUGUAUACUUCAUUCUAUAACGAAACACCUCUUGCAAAAUGCAAAGGAAAUCCUACAACAUCACCAACUCUCGAAUAUGCCAAUUACAGCCUGCAUAGAAUAAUAUCGGCAGCGUUGUUGAUAGAUCGGAUUCAAGUGCUUUCUAUUGAGACAUAUAGAGCACACCAGCAUCUCCUGAACAAGAAAUACUUUAUCCCUCUAACGCUGGUCAUUAUGGGGCUCUGUAGCAGGACGUUUCUAACUUGUAAACAAUGGGGUGUUGAAAUAGACGACUAUUAUGACCUUAUGAUAGACUGGAAGCAAAAGUUCCCUACCGACACAAAGAACACAUCGCUUUCUUAUUCAGACAUUGACAAAACCACCAUGAAACAGGCGAGGAAGAAGGCGUCUGGGGAGUUUAGCCAGCGACGAAUAUCUGAAUUCAAACCUGUUCAUCUUGAGUCUGGAAAUGUUUCAGCUGAUAUCCGUGAAACUUUUUUGGACACGUCGAUAGAAGAUACAGUGAGUCGAAUUGCAAAAGAAAAUGGUCUUAAAGGAGAUAUUGCUAUGGAAGAUUAUGGAGAAAUAUUGACCCGGGAUUCCACUGAACCCAAAAUGGAAGGCAAGCCAAUGGAUUAUGGAGAAAUUGUGCUCCGUGAUGAUACAGUUGCUGAAGAGGAAAACAUAAUCAAAGUGAUAUCGGAACCGAAUUCUACAUCGCAAGAGAAUGCUCACGAAAUGAAGCAGAAGACGGGUAUGAAGCGAAAGUCAAAGGAUGAGGAUGAACCUUAUGUGGUUGUCAAGGACGCGGUGUCUAUAGCGGAAAAGCAAAAGAAGAAAAAGAAUUCAUCGGACCAUAUCAUGGAUCGACCCUUGACUUCAAGUUCCGAUUGGCUACUUGUAGUUAAGUGUCCUUCGUGACUAUCCUGCGAGUCAUCCACAGACCCUCUCUUCCAGGUAAAAGACCAUAAAUUCUUGUUUUCCUUCCUUUCAGAGGAAGCAGAGGCUUCUGUGACCACAGCUGUACAUUUUGGAGAAGCAUCACCUUUCACCUUAUCCGCAGCAGGCAUAGGGUCGUCUCCACUGGUACAGGGGUUGUCACUGUCGUAACUACCAGAACUGCUACGAAAACCGCCUAGACUGCUAGUCUUGAACGUAAUGAUUGAGCUUGUGCUGCUAGCACUCAUAGUAGUGGUGUUAGAGUUGUAGGACGAUGUGAGCUGUGUUGAACUUUCCGAGUUGCUACGCGGCUUUUGGGAUGGUUCUCGGGUCAUACUAAGCUCAUCGAUGACUUUUUCAGCAACCCAAGAUCUCGUGAG